AGGGGGCGGGGCCAUGUCCCUCUCUAUGCACGUGCAGCAGGUUUUCUCUUCAGAAGCGCGAGCGCUCUUACAAACUGAACGGCAACUUUUUUUCCUCCGUAUUGAUCUUUUUUUCUGCCCGCGCGCACGGAAGGAAAUAACCGGGAAUCAUUCGCACUGCAGACUGAACACUCCUGCUGGACUAAACACAAACACACACACACACACGCGCUCCUGGAUUCCGCGUUUGGUAUCACGCGCCGCAUCGUCCACUUCACAUACGCACGCACGCACGCCGCCAGGUGCUCGUGAGGAACACACGCGCGCACACGCACAUUCAUGCGCGAGGAUGACAGAUGCACGCGGGUGGCAGGACUCCUCACCGUGAGCUCGCGACCGGAAAGCGGAAUCCUCGCUCCACCGUUGCCGCGCGCGCGUCUGCGUGCUCGUGAGUGGUAGCGUGAGCGAGUCGGACCGUGGGGCGCGCGCACUCCGGUUCGCAGGAUUUAUUCAACUUUUUCCUCCCUUCAUUUUUGUCGUUCUUUCUUGCUUUUUAUUCAAGACCGCGGCGACGGGGUUUUGGACUGACCGACAGAACACACACACACACACACACACACAAACACAGACGGUUACUGCGUGCGUGCGCGCGCGCGCUGCAGCGGGACCGUGAAAUUAUCCGCUCGCUCGGAGGAACUUCAUCUCCGGUACAGAAGGAGAGAGAGAACUUUCACGAGAGAAAGGAUUGAGGAGAUAAAAAGUAGAAGAGGAAGAAAGAGGAAUAAAAAAAGAGAAUAAAAUGUGUGUGUGGCGCGCGGCGGUGUAUUUGGCGGCGGCGCUCGCGCUUUUCAGGGUCGGCGGGUCGCACGCGCAGCUCUGCCCAGCUCAGUGCUCGUGCGUCGGGACCGCAGUCGACUGUCACGCGCAGGGACUGAGGAGUGUCCCACGAGACAUCCCGAGGAGCACCGAGAGACUUGACCUCAACAACAACAAUCUCACCAAAAUCACAAAGUCGGACUUCGCAGGGCUCCGAAAUCUACGAGUGCUACACCUGAUGGAGAACAAGAUCAGUGUAAUUGAACGAGGAGCAUUUCAGGACUUGAAGGAGCUGGAGAGACUGCGCCUGAACAGAAACAGUCUACAGGUUUUUCCAGAGCUGCUCUUCAUCACGACAACCAAACUCAACAGACUGGAUCUGAGCGAGAAUCAGAUUCAAGGAAUUCCAAGAAAAGCGUUCCGAGCUACAGAGAUCAAAAACCUGCAGUUGGAUUAUAAUCAGAUCUCAUGUAUCGAAGACGGAGCAUUUAGAGCCCUGAGGGACCUGGAAGUGCUAACGCUGAACAACAAUAAUAUAUCUCGUUUGUCAGUGGCCAGCUUUAACCACAUGCCCAAGCUCAGGACUUUUCGUCUUCACUCCAACAAUCUCGUCUGUGAUUGUCAUGUGUCCUGGCUCUCUGAUUGGCUGAGACAAAGGCCCCGCCUCGGCCUCUACACUCAGUGCAUGGCGCCACCCCCUAUGAGGGGGCACAACGUUGCUGAGGUUAACAAACGAGAGUUUGUCUGUACCGGCUCGGUGUCUCACUCCUCCUGCAGUGUCCUUCAGUGUCCUGAGUUUUGUUCCUGCAGUAAUAAUGUAGUUGACUGUCGAGGAAAAGGACUGACUGAGAUUCCCACCAACCUCCCAGAGACCAUCACAGAGAUUCGACUGGAGCAGAACUCCAUUAAGAUCAUCCCACCUGCAGCCUUCACACCAUACAAACGUCUCAGGAGGAUUGAUUUAAGUAAUAAUCAAAUAUCAGAAAUGGCUCCAGAUUCCUUUCAAGGUCUUCGCUCUCUCAACUCACUGGUUCUAUAUGGAAAUAAAAUCACUGAACUUCCUAAAGGCCUAUUUGAUGGACUCUUCUCUCUACAAUUACUAUUACUGAAUGCAAAUAAGAUCAACUGUCUGCGUGUGGACGCCUUCCAGGACCUGCAGAACCUCAACCUGCUCUCUCUGUAUGACAACAAGCUGCAGACCAUCGCUAAGGGCACGUUUGCAUCACUGCGUGCCAUCCAGACACUACACCUGGCCCAGAACCCAUUUGUGUGUGACUGUCAUCUGAAGUGGCUGGCUGAUUACCUGCAGGAAAACCCAAUUGAGACGAGUGGGGCACGAUGCACCAGCCCACGUCGCCUCGCCAACAAACGCCUCGGCCAGAUAAAGAGCAAAAAGUUCCGAUGCUCAGCUAAAGAACAGUAUUACAUACCAGGUACAGAGGAUUAUCGCACUAAGCUGAGUGGGAGUUGUUUUGCCGAUCUCGUGUGUCCCGAGAAGUGCCGCUGUGAGGGGACAACUGUGGACUGUUCAGGACAAAAACUCACCAAGAUCCCUGAUAGCAUCCCUCAGUACACUGCUGAGCUACGCUUGAACAAUAACGAGUUUACAGUUUUGGAGGCGACGGGCGUGUUCAAGAAACUCCCACAACUACGCAAGAUUAACUUCAGUAAUAAUAAGAUCAGUGAUAUCGAGGAAGGGACUUUCGAGGGAGCGAACGGAGUGAACGAGCUCAUACUGACCAGCAACCGCCUGGAGAGCGUUCACUAUGGCAUGCUGAAGGGUCUGUCGGGUCUGCGCACACUGAUGCUGCGCAGCAACAAGAUUAGCUGUGUGAGUAACAGCAGCUUCACCGGCCUGAGUUCAGUGCGUCUGCUUUCUCUCUAUGAUAACCUGAUCACCUCCAUCACCCGGGGAGCCUUCGACACACUGCACUCUCUCUCCACACUCAACUUGCUGGCCAAUCCGUUCAGCUGUAACUGUCACAUGGCCUGGUUGGGGGAGUGGCUACGGAAGAAACGCAUUGUCACAGGAAACCCUCGCUGCCUGAAGCCCUACUUUCUGAAGGAGAUUCCCAUUCAGGACGUGGCCGUGCAGGACUUCGCCUGUGAUGAUGGUGAUGAUGAGAAUAGCUGCUCCCCAUCGGCUCGUUGUCCAGCAGAAUGUUCGUGUUUGGACACGGUGGUGCGCUGCAGUAAUAAAGGACUCAACACACUGCCCAAGGGCAUCCCUAAAGACGUCACUGAGCUCUAUUUGGAUGGAAACCAGUUGACACAGGUUCCCCUGGAGCUCUCCAACUACAAACACCUUACACUCAUUGAUUUGAGCAAUAACCAGAUCAGCACGUUGUCCAGCAACAGCUACAGUAACAUGUCUGAGCUGCUUACACUAAUCUUAAGCUACAACAGACUGCGAUGUAUUCCAGCUAAAGCCUUUGAGGGCCUUCGAUCUUUGAGAUUACUGUCUUUACACGGUAACGACAUUGCUGUAAUUCCUGAAGGAGCAUUUAAAGAUCUCUUGUCUCUUUCUCAUCUUGCUCUCGGGGCGAACCCUCUGCACUGUGACUGUAACAUGCAGUGGCUCUCAGAUUGGGUGAAGAGUGGGUAUAAAGAGCCGGGCAUCGCUCGCUGCGCUGGACCCAAAGACAUGAUGGACAAACUGCUGCUGACCACACCAUCGAAACUGUUCACCUGUACAGUGAUCUCUGGGCCAUGUGGGUUUCCUGUGCCAGGUCCCAUGGACAUUAACAUACAGGCAAAGUGUAAUCCGUGUCUGUCCAACCCGUGCAAAAACAAUGGCACCUGCAGCAACCAUCCUAUUGACUUCUACAGAUGCACAUGUCCGUAUGGAUAUAAGGGUCAGGACUGUGAUGCCCCUAUCCACGCUUGCAUCAGUAACCCGUGUCGAAACGGUGGAACUUGCAACCUAAAGGAUGGAGCAGAAAACACACACUGGUGUUCAUGUCCUGAGGGCUUUGACGGAGACGAAUGUGAGAAUAAUAUCGACGACUGCGAGGACAACGACUGUGAGAACAAUUCCACGUGUGUGGACGGAAUUAACACUUACACCUGUAUCUGCUCAUCCGAGUACACAGGGGAGCUGUGUGAAGAUAAGCUGGAUUUGUGUUCUCCGGAACUGAAUCAGUGUCAGCAUGAAUCCAAAUGCGUCCUGACCGCUCACGGUUUCAAGUGUGAGUGCACCCCAGGUUACUCGGGGGAUCAGUGCGAGCUGGAUGUUGACGACUGCGUGGAAAACAAGUGCAAAAACGGAGCCCAGUGUUUCGACGCCGUCAACGGCUACACGUGUGUGUGUCCUGAGGGCUACAGCGGAUUGUUCUGUGAGUUCCCACCCCCCAUAGUGCUGCCCCGGACGAGUCCGUGCGACGAUCACGAGUGCGAAAACGGCGCUGAGUGUGUGGUGAAGGGCACCGAACCGGUGUGUGUGUGUCUCCACGGUUACGAGGGCGCGCGGUGUGAGCGACUCGUCAGCGUGAACUUCAUCAGCCGUGACUCGUUUGUCGUGAUUCCUUCUGACAUGCAGCACACUAACAUCACAUUCCAGAUUGCAACAGAAGAGGACAGUGGUGUGUUACUGUAUAAAGGUGAUGGUGAACAAAUGGCUGUUGAGCUUUACAGAGGAAGGGUAAGAGUCAGCUACGACACAGGAACCAUCUACAGUGCAGAGACGGUUAGUGAUGGAGGGUUCCAUGUGCUGCAGCUCACAGUGACGGACCUGUCUGUCUCUUUGUCCAUCAACGGCGGGAAACCCAAAACCAUCUCCACAGGACGGAGGACGAGUGCAGGAUCGGGAGCGUCACCACUUUACCUGGGAGGUCUCCCCGUGCAGUCAUCUUUCUCUCCGUUCAGUAACAGCUCCAGUUUUCGUGGCUGUAUCCGGAACGUCUACGUUAACGAGCAGCUGCAAGAUCUAAAGCGUUUUCAGCGGGAGGGUGUGGUCCCUGGGUGCCGCUCGUGCCAGCCCAGUGUGUGUGUGCACGGCCGGUGCCGCAUAAAUACGCGCGAUGCACGUGAUGCGUAUGAAAACACGCACUCGUCCUUCAGCUGCGAGUGUGAUCCAGGCUGGAGCGGUCCGCUGUGUGACCAGCCACUCAGCGACCCCUGCCUCGGCAACAAGUGUGUACGAGGCACUUGCGCUCCCAUAAACUCCUACUCGUACAGGUGUGUGUGCGCCCCGGGCUUCAACGGGGUGCUGUGCGACGAGCGGAGUGUGAGUGUGUGCGAGUGCAAACAUGGACACUGCCGUCUGUCCGGCCUGGGCACAGCGUACUGCGAGUGCAAUCCCGGAUACACGGGACCGCUGUGUGACAAAGAGAUGGAGUGUCGGGGUCACAGGGUCCGAGGUCACUUUCAGAGGCAGCAGGGCUACGCUGCGUGUCAGACCACGGAGAAAAUCUCACGCUUAGAAUGCGCCGGAAGCUGCGGGGGCGGGGAAUCUUGUUGCUCCGCCCUCCGCACCAAAACCAGGAAGUACACGUUCCAGUGCACGGACGGCUCCUCGUUUAUUCAGGAAGUGGAAAAAGUGGUGAAAUGUGGCUGUACGAAGUGUCCAUCCUAAUACAGAGAGAAAGAGAGAGAGAGAGAGAGUGAGAGAGAGUGAGACCCCACCUCUUCCUUCCACAUUUUUCGUCCUCUUCAUCCCUUCGUCAUUUCCUGUCCUCUCCUCAUCUCGUCCAUUUCUCAAAGUUUUUAUAUAAAUGUUCACCUUUUUUCCGUUUCGGACUGAUGAUCGCUUCGCUCAGAAGAGAAGAAUGGAUUAUUGUAAGAUACAGAACAAAAAACCUAUUUUUUAUUAUCAAGGACAACAAAGUAUAGAUUUAGAUGAUUUUUGUUUGUUUUUUUAUUUGCAGUCCUGAAAGAACUGUUAUUUUAUUAUUUUUUUUUUGUGUUUACCUUUUCCUUUUUUUUUCUUUUACUCAACAACACCUCAGUGACGAGCGGCGAGCGGUCUGCUUCUCCGUACGGGUUCUUGGACUAACUCACUUUUUCAAUGUGGGGAGAAAUAGUACCCACAAAACACACGCACACACACACACACACACACACACACACACACACACGUUUUUCCCACGUGACAAGUUUCUCUGGACCAACCGAAGAUGUUAGAGAUGCUUAGCUCCAAUCAGCCCAUGCUAGCAUCAAACUAGAUUUAGCUCCCUGAUUGAAAAUGAGCAAAACCCCCCACUAACUGUAGUAACUGGCUAGCAAAGUUAUAUGCUAGCAUGCUAGUUAUAACCAGGUAGCUAGCGUUGAGUAAAAGUGAUUUACCUGUUUUUGCGAUUAGCUGAAUCUUUUCUGUUGACCCAGAGACGCUGGUCAGCCAACACACACACCAACACACACACCAACAAGCGUACACACAAACACACACACCGCAUGUGAACCCUGUGUAUUUAUUGUCCGGACCACUCCUUCGCAGUACUUCCCUGGUUUUCUCCACAGAAUUACAGCCAAUAUAAACCUAUAUUAAUUUAUAUUUGUCCUGUUAACAGAGUAGCUUACACACACAAAACACACAUAUUCGUGACGCUGUAACGUAGAACUAACGCUGGUUGACUCGACCAACGAGACGUAAGUCAUGUUUAUAUAAAACCUUUAGUGGUGUUUCAAACCUUCAAAAAUGUGAAGUGUAUAUUUUUCGUCCUUACAUUUUGUCAGAGAUGGACUUUUCCUAUUAGCCAAGAACCGUGUAGCCCCUCCUCCUUCCCCACGCCCCCUUUCCCAUGUAUUCGACCUAAAUCACGCAAUACGUAGUGACCGAGUUUAACUCUAGCUCCACUAGGAGGCGCCCUGUGAGCCUCUUCAGAUGUUUCUUCUUAUAAAACCUUUUUUUUUAAACUAGAACGUAAAAAAGAAAAGCUGUGAGUAUUUUUUGAUCUAAGAGAUACGUUAACCCCGCCCACUUCCUCCCUCCUGUUAACACGUUGCUGCUAAAUCGGUAUCGUAGACUUGGUGCCGUGAUUAGACAUGUGCCGGUAUUUUGUACAGUUUCUGUAUCGUGAUAAUCGCAUUCCAUAAUUCGAUGUCCUGCAUCAAUGUUGCAUGUACAAUACUCAUUAUAUUUAGGAUUCCAUUUUAUAUUAAAGUACUUUAUUAACAAGUGAAAAACAUUAUAAAAAAUGCAACAAAUUGGUCACAAUAUAUCAACAAAAAGGCUCUGAGUUACUGAUCAGAAGGUCGGGGGGGUUUAAGUCCGAGUUUCGACAAUCUGCCACUUUUGGGGCCCUUGAGCACGGCCCCUGUGUCCUGGCUGACCCUACGCUCUGACCCCGACUUCCUAACAUCGCUAGAAUAUGUGAAAAAAUUAUUUCACCGUGUUUUAAAGUACAUCUUUACAACCCGAUGUGUUUUCUAGCUGAAAGUCAAUUGUAGCUGAACUAGCUGACCCGCGUCGCUAACAUUUUUCAACAGACUUUUCUCUCAGAAUAAAGCGUGAUAUGGUUCAGCCGUCUGAAAGUUACCACAGUAAAGCCUGAUCAUAUCACAUUAAUUCUAUUAUUAAGGCAAAUUUUAGAUUCUGUAGCUAAACACGAGCUGCAGAAAUUCACAACAUCCUGACUGCUCAGUUUAGAUGCUACCGAGGCUAAACAGGAUUAGCUUCUGUAGCGAUGAACAAACUAGCUCAUUGAUAAAUUGUUAGUUACUGUACUACCAAGGCUAACUAAUAAAACCUGCUCGUUAGCCAAUUAACGAACCGUUAUAUAAACUUAAUAGUGAUAAACAAGCUAAUAAAGUUCACUAGGUUUGAGCUCUCGCACAUGAUUCCUGGAUUGGGGACGGAUUCUUGUGAUCCACAAACUCUUUCGAACGAUCUUUCAAUUGAAGCAGUGCAGAAGAUUUCAGGUGUUAAAAUGUUCCUUCAACUCAGUACAGGUGAUUCUGGUCACCAGGCAUCAACCCACAAUGCGCUAAUCGUUUCCUGUUUGUGUUUUCUUAACGAUUAUCAAGAUGUUAUUCUGUAUCGGAUUCUCGGCACAUGUCUAAUGGUGAUUGUGAUGAUGAUGAUGGUUAUUCAGGUGAUGAUCAUUAUGAUGAUGGUGUGUAUUGUAGAUGACGGUGCUUGUACACUGAUGAGCACAUUAUCUUACUGAUCUAUAAAUAAAAAUGUUCUUUCCUUGUA